GUUGUCGGAAAAGAAAAGCUCGAAGAAAUUCGUUGAGGCCAGAGCAGAUUUCUCAGAGAUUUUUUAUUCAGUUCAUCUUCAUUGCUACUUUAAUUAAUCCUCCACCAUGGUGCUCGAGGCUACUAUGAUAUGCAUCGACAAUUCAGAGUGGAUGAGAAAUGGGGAUUACAAUCCCAAUAGAUUUCAGGCGCGGGCAGAUACAGUUAAUCUUAUUUGUGGGGCAAAAACCCAGUCAAAUCCUGAGAACACAGUGGGUGUAAUGACUUUGGCUAGGAAGAAUGUCUGUGUAUUGGUGACACCAACAACUGAUCUUGGAAAAAUUCUUCCGUGUAUGCAUGGUUUAGAAGUUGUCGGGGAGAUGAAUUUGACAUCUGGUAUCCAAGUUGCUCAGCUGGCACUUAAACACCGUCAAAAUAAAGAACAGCAGCAAAGAAUUAUAGUGUUUGUUGGAAGUCCUAUUAAAGCUGAUAAGAAGACAUUAGAAGCAAUUGGAAAGAAAUUGAAGAAAAAUAUUGUGGAUUUUGGAGAGGAAGAUGAUGGGAAGCUACAAAAAUUAGAGGCUCUUCUUGCAACAAUAAACAAUAAUGACAAUAGUCACAUUGUACAUGUUCCUGCAGGUCCAAAUGCUACGGAUGCUAUUUUGAGGCAGUUUUUUGGCUUGUUCGAUGAAGCUUUGUGCCAGUCAAAUGAGGAGCUUAGGAAAGAAGAAAAAUAAGUCGUGUUUGCGUAUGUGGUGGCUGAUAGAGACGAGGAUGUAAUUAAAAUUUUGGAAAGAGGAGCCAUGUUUGGGC